AUGCCGAGGACAUGGCAGUCUCUGGGAAAUAAGGCUAGACCUGUGGGGUCUGGUGUCCUUCCUGUCAACCCAUCAGUCACUGCUGGGGUUCUUCAGGCAGUGUCACCUGGGGUGAUUUCUGUGAGUCGGACAGCCCCGUCUGGGGUCCUUCCUGCAGGCCAGAUGGCCCCGGCUGGGGUCGUCCCUUCUGGAAAGACAGCAGCCUCUGGUGUCCUCCCUGUGGGCCAGGUGGUCCCACCCGGAGUUCUUCCCACUGGGCUUAUGGCCCCAUCCCGGGUUCUCCCUCCUGGCCCAACGGUCCCACUCAGGGUUCUGCCAGCAGCCCAGGUGGUCCCACCCGGGCUCCUUUCUGCCAGCCCAGCGGUCCCGUCGGGUGUUCUGUCUGUGAACCAGGGAGUUAAUUCCGGAGUCCUUCAGCUCCGUCAGCCGGUCAUGUCAGGGGUGCUACCUGUGGGCCAGCCGGUAAGGCCUGGGGUCCUGCAGCCUACUCGGCCUGUGAGCAUGGGUGCCGGCAUUCUGCCGGAUCAGCCAGUGAGGCCUGGCGCUUCGCAGAACACCACCUUCCUGACAUCAGGCUCUAUCCUCAGACAGCUGAUACCUACGGGGAAGCAGGUGAAUGGGAUUCCCACGUACACCCUGGCCCCGGUGUCUGUCACUUUGCCCGUGCCACCUGGAGGUGUGGCAACUGUUGCCCCACCCCAGGUGCCCAUGCAGCUCCUGCAGCCAGGCGCAGCUGCGCAGAUGGCUGGGGGCACAGCCGGCAUGCCCUCCCCUCCGGUGGUGGUGAAUGCUGCUCAGAGUGUGUUUGUUCAGGCCCCUCCUCCUGGCGCAGAGGCAGAUCAGGUGCUCAGGCAGGCAAAGCAGUGGAAAACCUGCCCAGUUUGCAAUGAGCUCUUCCCUUCCAAUGUGUACCAGGUGCAUAUGGAAGUGGCUCAUAAGCACAGUGAAUCCAAGUCUGCUGAGAGACUGGAGCCUGAAAAACUGGCAGCAUGCGCACCAUUUCUGAAGUGGGUGAGAGAGAAGACAGCCCGGUGUCUGUCAUGUAAGUGCCUGGUGUCAGAGAGCGAGCUUAUCCACCACUUACUCAUGCACGGCCUAGGCUGCCUCUUCUGCCCGCGCACGUUCCAUGACAUCAAGGGUCUCUCAGAGCAUAGCAGGACCAUGCACCUGGGCAAGAAGAAGCUGCCCGUGGACUACAGUAACAGAGGUUUCCAGCUGGAUUUUGAUGCUAACGGCAGCCUUCUGUUUCCCCAUCUUGAUUUCAUCACCAUUUUGCCAAAGGAGGAGCUUGGGGAGCGGGAGGUGUACCUGGCAGUCCUGGCCGGAAACCACUCCAAGUCGCUGGUGCCCGUGUACAUCAAAGUGAGGCCCCAGGCUGAGGGUGCACCUGGCAGCCCCAGCAAGCCCCUGCUGACCUGCCCCUUCUGCUUUGGCACCUUUGUGACAACUGAGGCCUAUGAGCUGCACCUGAAGGAGAGGCACCACAUCACACCAACAGUGCAUACGAUCCUGAAGUCUCCAGCGUUCAAGUGCAUCCAUUGCUGCGGGGUUUACACCGGCAACAUGACGCUGGCAGCCAUUGCCAUCCACCUGCUGCGCUGCCGAAGUGCGCCCAAGGACAGUAGCCCAGACCUGCAGGGCCAGCCGGCCAUGGUUGAGGACAGCGACGUGCUCUUGGCCACUGGCCAGGUGACUCAUGACACCGGUUUCUCUGUGAAGAGGAAGCUACCUGAUGGCCACGCUGAGGUGGAAGAGCCAAGCGAUGGGGACGUCAGUGCUGGCUCAGCCACCUCCCCAGAAAAGGCAGCCAGCGCUCUGCCCUUGAAACGACAACGUAGUGAAAGCAGGAUGGAGGCGCCACUUGUCAACAAUGAUGCCCUUCAGAUUUUAGCGUUAAAUCCUAAAAAAUAUGAAGACUGCUCUUAUGAAGAAAAAAAGCAGUUUCUUAGAGAUUAUUUCCACAAGAGACCGUAUCCUACUAAAAAGGAAAUAGAACUGUUGUCCUCGCUCUUGUGGGUCUGGAAAAUUGAUGUGGCUUCGUUUUUUGGAAAAAGAAGAUAUAUUUGCAUGAAAGCGAUAAGAAGUCACAAGGCUUCUGUGCUUUUAGGCUUUGAUAUGUCUGAACUUAAAAAUGUUAGACACAGAUUGAACUUUGAGUAUGAACCACAAAACUUGUAAAAAAAACCUUAGGAAAUCUAAAGUAAUAGAUAAUUAGUAGUUUUUCAACUGAGAUUUAAAAAAUGUUAUUUUCUUCACUAUGUUGAACUAAUAAUUUCAGUGGUCUGAAAGCUGCUCUUUAGAUUUAUUUCAGGUGCUCAGACAUAAAGAAGUGGAUAGUUUUUUCCCAUUUUUUGUUUCCUGCAAUUUGAUUAUAUAACAGUUUUAGUUUUCCCCCAUUCUGUAAAUUAAAUCUUUUGAUAUUUCAUGCACAUCUUAUUUUCCCAGUAGUGUCAAUAUCGAGUGAUAAAAACUGAAAUCCACAUGCUUGUUUUUUUUGUUUAAGGGAACAUCAUCUUGUUUGAGAAUGCGUGUUCAAAGCACUGACCCCCUCAGUCAGCUGCAUGUGUAGCAACCAGUGGCCCCAUAAAUGUGUAGAGAAAUGGGUACAAACCCAUGUGACGUGCGGCCCUGUAAGGAUGCACAGCAUUGACUACGCUGGUUUUUUCUUUGUACAGUAGUUACUUAUCAGAUUACAGUUUUGAUUUUUGUUUUUUCAGGUUUGUCCUAACAGCUGUUUUUUAUUGUAACUCAUAGAGAACUAAAUGUUUUCAUUUGUUUAAAAUAUACUGAACCUGAAUCUUGGUAUUCAGCUCAUAAGUCAAAGGAGUUAAUUUACGAGUAAAGUAAUUCUGUAGGUGCCCAAAUACUUUUCACUGUAGACUUCCCCCCUCUUUUUGAUACAGUGAUAAGUCAUUUCUCUAUUCAACGGUAAGACAAUAAAUCUUUAGUGCCUUUAGAAUAAAACACACACACAAACUCUAUUCCUCACCUAACUGUUCAUAAACCAGUGAAAAGGAAGGGCUGUGUUACUCAGGAAUAGUUUUUUACCCCUGAGUGUGG